GUAAGGAAUGUCAUCAUAAUUGGCCUCACCUCAAGGGAGGAGAAUCUUUGAGGGAGGGUUGCAGCUCGGCUUUUCUCCUGUCUCCUGGCUAUAAAAGAAGCACCAGGGCAGCGAGGCACUACGCUUUCCUGCUCCGCACUGCGCUGAGUACCAACUCCUCCGUGCUGCAGCCAUGACUACUUACAGCGUGCACAACUCCUUCGCUAGCGGUGCCGGGGGCUUCGGCGCUGCUGGCAGCGGCGGCUCCCGCCUGUCCUCGGUGCGGGUCGGGGGCUCCUACCGCGCCCCGAGCAUCCACGGCGGCUCCGGGGGCCGCGGCGUCUCCGUCUCCUCGGCCCGGUUCGUCUCCUCGGCCGGAGGCGGCUAUGGGGGCGGAUCCUGCGCCGGGUUCGGCGGCGGGUUCGGCGGAGGCUACGGCGGCUUUGGUGGAGGUGCGGUGUGCGGCUUGGGCGGAGGAGCCGGCUUUGGGGGAGGCUUUGAUGCUAGCUGUGCCUUUGGUGGCGGGGACGGCCUGCUUUCCGGCAAUGAAAAGAUAACGAUGCAGAACCUGAACGACCGCCUGGCCACGUACCUGCAGAAGGUACGAGCUCUGGAAGACGCAAAUGCAGAACUGGAAGUCAAAAUCCGAGACUGGUACCAGAAGGAAGCUCCCACCAGCCCGGCUCGAGACUACAGUAACUACUACAAGAUAAUUGAAGAUCUCCGAGAUAAGAUCCUUGCAGCCACUAUCGACAAUUCCAGGGUCGUUCUGGAGAUUGACAACGCCAGGCUGGCCGCCGAUGACUUCAGACUGAAGUAUGAGAAUGAGCUGUUCCUGCGCCAGAGCGUGGAGUCCGACAUCAACGGGCUGCGCAGGGUGCUGGACGAGCUGACCCUGUCCAGGACCGACCUGGAGAUGCAGAUCGAGAGCCUGAAGGAGGAGCUGGCCUACCUGAAGAAGAACCACGAGGAGGAAAUGAAGGAGUACUCCACUCAGCUCAGUGGAACAGUCAACGUGGAAAUGGACGCUGCUCCUGGCAUCGACCUGACCAGGAUCCUCUCGGAGAUGAGGGAGCAGUACGAGGCUCUGGCUGAGAAGAACCGUAAGGAUGCUGAGGCGUGGUUCCUCACUCAGACUGAUGAACUGAACCGUGAAGUUGCCACCCACACCGAGCAGAUACAGAGCAGCAAAUCCGAGAUCACAGAACUGAGACGCACGGUGCAGAGCCUGGAGAUCGAGCUGCAGUCACAGAUGAGCAUGAAAGCCGGACUGGAAGCCAACCUGCGAGAUACAGAAGGACGAUACUGUGCACAGCUGGCACAAAUUCAGAACCUCAUCACCAGCGUUGAGGAGCAACUGAGUGAAAUCAGAUGUGACAUGGAGCGCCAGAACCAGGAGUACAGAAUGCUGAUGGACAUCAAGAGCCGCCUGGAGCAGGAGAUCGCCACGUACCGCCAGCUGCUGGAGACCCAGGACUCUCACAUGCCAGGAGUGAACCCUAAGGAUGCUGCUGGAAGAGUCCGUGGGGGCACAGAAGAUGAGGGAAGGUCUUCCUCCUCUCGUGACAGGAGACCCUUAUAAAGAAAUACUGAAUCCUCUCUUGCUAUGACACCACCUGUGCCGGACCAGCUGUAAGAAGGGCAGUCCAACCACUGGCUAAUGCUUACAGAAAUGUGCUGUUACUUUUGCUAGAUCACAAGAAUGUAACCCAAAAAGUGUGCACCAGCUUCGUGUCUUUCCUUAAAUUUGCUCUCCCUUUUUACACAAUCAUUUGGCUCUAUGGGUCAGAGACAUCUGCUUCCUUCUGUACAGCAUCCUUAUGAAAGAGUCUACACAAUAAAGUUUCUCUCCUGCUUGUGCAAAUGCAUUCAGUCUGAUGUUGUUUUUCUGUAGUCAGUGCAGCAUUGCCAUCCAUGCAGCCAUCUGCCCUCCUUACACAGCACUCCCUGCAACCCAGCCGUGGUGUCUGACAUGGAGGUACCUCUGUGCAUAACAGCAACGUAGCAGCCUUAAGAAAGGCAGUGACGAAUGCACGGAUAUGAAGUGCCAUUGGAUUCUCCCAGGAAGCAGAAGUUAAUAUGAAAAAGAUAAUGCAAAACACCCUUAAGCCCUUUGCUCUGAAUUCAACGUGCACAACUUUGAAAUAUCAGUGUUGUUAUUGGCUACCAUAUGGUCAGGUUCUUCCAGCCAAAGCAUACCCUGAGCACACACAGCCUCACAAUUUGGGGAAAAAUAACAUUAAUUCUCAAGGAUAUCCAUCUCUGCCAGCAGCCAUGAAAUUCUACUGGACGAUAUAAUGGCAUUAAUUGCUGCUGGUAGAGGAUACAUGACUAGGGCAUAACGGCCCUAUUCCACUAGCAUGUUGCCCCAGCACUAACAGCACUUGACCAAGAAGUGGGCAACUUGGAUCUUAUCAAAGUGAGCAUUAAACGGUCACGUCCAGUGAGUGUAAAUGUCACAGCUCUGAUCUACACUUUGUCACACGUUAUCUACCUCCACAUCGCUGCUGUCACAGCACUCGGUGCUCAGCGGGCGAUCGGCCGCCCUGCAGCACCGCACGCAGCUCCGGGAGCCCCGCAGCGCUCAGCCCAUGGUGCCACCUGCUGGCGGCUCUCGUUUUCUUACUCUGACCAUUGCUUUCAUUCCGUACCGCCUGGAUCGCACGGCUGGCUGGGAACAUAAGCAUAAAAAACAGCCGCAGAACUGUGCCGGGUUUGAAUGAAGACUUUUGUCUUUUCCAUGGAUCCUUCACGUGUGUGUGCGUGAGGGAAACCGUGUGACGCCCUUUCCAAUUUAAAAAAGCUCAGUUUCAGAGGAGACAUUUCUGUGUGUCGGCACCUCGGGCCGUGGGAGGCUCUGUGCUGCAGGGUACCGCCAGCCCACGCCUUUCCUGACUCUGGUUAUGCAUGAACUCAUUUUCCAACAUUAUAUUUCACAGAACAUUAUCUUGCUGAACUGCCAGACUGGAAAACUCAGUGUGAAAUUCAGCUUUGUGGAGAUGAACCGAACAGCAGGACAUCCCCGGUUCCAUCCUGCUGUCACGUUUCAUUGCAGUUAGCUCUCCAUUUCUGCCCGGCGCUUCAAGCUCCCGUUACUCUCAAGCUGCAGCGCUGACAGUGAGGAGUAUGUUCCAACAGCAGACGACAGCUGUAGCUGUUAGGAGAACAUUCUUAGCGUUUCUAUGCCAUCAAGUGUGUGAGAAAUAAGAACACGGACGUCAGCAGCCGAGGCGCAAAGCAGCCACGAGGCGGAGCCCGAUCCCUGCCCGGCCCCGGCUCCUCUGCCCCGCGGUGCUGGGCGAAACGCGGUGCUUCUUCAGUGCUGCCGAAUUUCAAUUUAAACGAACACUGAAAAAAAAAAAAGGAUUCCGCGGCUUCUCCCAGGUCAGUAUAAUUCCGCAGCAUCUCCCCAGCCGAACCCUUCGGAAUGCGGGGCGUUGUAGGGUCACAGAUCCCCCGCUGCUCUCCGGCCGCCCCUGCACCGCAGCGCAGCCGCUCGGUUUGUGCCCCCGGAGCGGCGACCGAACUCAGCGCCCGCCGCCGCUGCCGGGUGCGGGACGGGGCGGCACGGCAGGGGCUGCGCUGAUCCGCUCUGGUUUUGACUUACGCAGCUUCAGAGGGGACCUGGAACUUCGGAGAGAGACUAUUUCUGCACAGUGCCAGCUCAAUUUGCACCAUUGGUAGCUUCAGUUUUUGGAGUAUUAUAACAGACUUCGGAAUAUUUUCUACAGCUAUAGUAUAUUUAUAGUGCUCACAUUAGCAACAGCAAUACAUCCCCGCUUUAUUAUCUUUGUAUUUCAACAAGACUGCAGAAAUUGAAAGAUGACCGCACAUCGAAUCAUGAAUAAAACGAGUAGGAAAGAUUGCAAAGGAUGUAAUUCUGGUGUUUGUCGGUGAAACAGGCGGCCGAAGGGAACAGCUGGGCGGCAGCUGUGGGACGCGGCCGGGUGCAUCAGGACAGCCCCGCAGGACGCGCCGUGCCGCAGGGCUCAGAGUGCGCAGCUCGGAAGCUGACAAUUCCGGCAGCAGGAAAGCGGCCCGGCAGAGCAGCCCCUGCCCUCAGCCUCCCUGUGCUCUGUGACGGAUGACGAUCUCCCCCUCCAAACACGAGAAUACAACGCAUUCGCUGCUGGGUUUUAGUCAACAGUCCGAGGCAGAGCCGAUCCGGUUCCACACCUACUGCUUUUAGCCACACCUCGCAAUUAUAAUAUGAAAAGCGAAGAAAAAAAA